AUGGCUGCCCUAUGCCCUGAAAGUCAGAUUAUAUGGAAGCUCUCACCUUUGAGACUUGACACUAGAGGUUGGGAAAUGGCAUCUGUUGAGGAGUGGUGUUGCGAUAUGGCGAAGAAACUCUCUUGUGGAAACAGUUGGGAAUUAUUCUUAAUGUUCUGGUGGAAGAUUUGGGAGGUGCGUAACUUGUGGCUGUUCGAGAAGAAGAAGUUGGAGGCCCCUAUGGUAUGUGCGAAGACCCUUAGUCUCCUUGGUGAGUAUGAGGCGGCGGCUAUGCGUGAGUCUAGUGUGGUACAUCAUGAGGAAAAUGGGGAUAACCAUUGUUGGAAGGCGCCGCCCCCUAACAAAUUCACUUUAAACACUGAUGCUGCUCUCUCUAAAGACGGAAAAAUCGGUCUGGGAAUGGUUAUGCGUGACCACCUCGGUGAUGUUAUGAUGGCUGGUGGUAGGGCUGUCACGGGUGUUUGGAGUGCCUGCAAUGCUGAAGCUGAAGCUAUGCUUUUUGGUCUUCGAUAUGCGUUUGAUGCUGGGCUGAGGAGGCUGCUGGUUUCAUCUGAUUGCUUGAACCUCAUCAAUAUGCUGCUGUCCAAAAAUAGGGAAAGAACUCCCACCCAACUGCUCGUGGAUGAUAUUUUGUAUGCUGCUAGUUUGUGUGACUUUUGUACUUUUAAUUUUCAGCCUGGAACUUGUAAUAAGGUGGCCCACUCCAUAGCUAAAUACUCCCUUACUUUGUCUGGUGAGCAACUAUGGAUGGAAGAUUGUCCACCUCUUUCUUUACCCUUUGUUAUCUCUGACAAAGUGGCCUUAAUAUAA